AUGCCUUCUGCGCAGGUUUUCCUCUGCCUUGCCGUCAUGCUUGCUGCGGCGGCGGCUACCGCUCAGGCGCACCUGCAGUGCCUCGACAACCCGCCGGAGCGGUCUCUUCUUGGCGGCCAGGCCGAGGCCGGCGAGGUCGUCCACGAUCUCCCAGGUGGCUUCAGGGCCUACGUCACCGGCGCCGCAAGCUCUAGCCACGCUAUCGUCCUCGCCUCCGACGUUUACGGGUUCGAAGCACCAUUACUCAGAAAGAUAGCCGACAAAGUUGGUGAGGCUGGAUACUUCGUUGUGGUGCCUGAUUUCUUCAAUGGAGACUAUUUAGAUGAGAAGAAAAAUCUUACGGAAUGGCUCAAGGCUCACUCUCCGGUAAAAGCUGCUGAAGACGCGAAGCCACUGUUUGCUGCUUUGACAAAGGAAGGAAAGACCAUCGCUGUAGGAGGUUAUUGUUGGGGAGGAAAGUUUAGUGUGGAGGUGGGGAAAACGAAUGAGGUUAAAUCCGUAUGCAUUUCGCAUCCUUAUAGUGUGACUGCGGAUGACAUGAAAGUGGUCAAAUGUCCAAUUGAGAUCCUUGGAGCUCAAUACGAUACAAGCACACCGCCAAAACUAGUGUACCGGUUUGUGCAUGUACUGCGUCAAAGAGAAGAGGUUCCCUACUAUGCAAAGGUCUUUCAGGGAGUUGAGCACGGAUUUGCCAACAGAUACAAUACCACCGAUCCUUUCGCUGUCAAAACUGCUGAGCAAGCCCUAGCUUACAUGAUCAGCUGGUUCGACAAAUACCUGAAGUAA